UGACCCUCGCAUUCCAAUCAGGCCCUUCGUCCACAUCCCAUACCAAAAAUUUCGUUGCUCACCACUUCGCCUUAACCAACGCUCACAUCCAUCCACAACAAUGCCCGGCACUGUCAUCUCCACUGCAACAAGGAUCUGGGAGCUCAACGUCCACUGGACAAUGUACAGCCAAUGCGGAGUAUGGGAUCCCAAGGGAAAGGGAGUGGACAUCUGGGAGUGCAUUCGAGAUCAUGACUCGACUCCCGGAACCCAGCCACCAAAUGCACUCUAUUGGCGAUAUGUUGCCAGGAGAUAGUACGAUGCACGCGCCGUCCCCCGCUCAGUGCGCGCUGUGCACUGCGGGGCGAGAAUCAAAAUUCCUUGGAACGCGCCAGGACACCCCACCAUGUCACAUGCGACCACCAUCCCAAUCCUGGUGACGAAGACAAAUUGCUUCAGUUGCCCGACGACGACGGCUCGUCGCAACCCACCACUCACCGAAUGGAACACUACACGCACCCGUCGAAACCUAUCAUAUCGAACACUUCUCUAAUCGACCGACACUUGCUUCUAUACCAUCCACCAGCGCUUCAGUCGACUUCACCUGGCACAGUCUCCGGCAUUCGUUUCUUCACCGUUGGCAGCUGCGCUGUCGUUUUUGGGCCUUUUGUAUUCGUUUUCCGGGUUGGACACAAGGGGGCUUCAUGGCGCUUUCCGAUACACAAGCGGCCAUUCAGAACAUUUCUCCUUCUAAAUUAGUCGCAAUUUCAUGAUCGAUUAUUUUUUUCUUUCUUCAAUCGUCUUGGUUUCAUGGUGUCGCACCCUUCGCCUUCUGUUUCGUUGCAUGACCAGAGGAACAUUCAUAGCGCACCUAUAGCAUAUUAGUUUUCUUUUAUUCUCUUUAGGGUUUCUCGGAUAGCAAGCAAUACACUCAAUGUACCCAUACCUUUCCAUAAUUUCAUACAUCUCUCGCG